AUGUCAGUGACCGCGACGAGCAAACGGCUAAAGUUCCCCUCGUUAUGUCGGUGCUAUGCAAUCUCGGUCGCGCCCGCGAAGCCAAUAAAGGGCAUGGACCCAUCACGAACUUUUAGCGGCAAAAAAGCCUACCAGUAUAGCUGGUACACACGAAUGCUGGACGGCUCCUCGACCGCGCCACUCCUUCUACUUCAUCACAACGAAUUUUCGGCCAAUCGUAUGGCUCAACUGCGCAGGGAUAUUACGGCCGCCGCCACACGCUCAAAAAGUAAAGCAAGCAAAGAGCAAGAAGAGGCUGAGCCUAUUCCCGACCCACACCUCACUGUCAUCCGCUCGGGCAUAUUUGGAGCGGCCCUUCGAGACUACACCACACUCGACAAUGCCAUUAUUACACAAAUGAUUGAAGGUGUCUCUGGCAGACUUGCGGUUCUGUCGUUGCCCGUCCUCGAUCCACCACAGCUCAAAGCAGUUUUGCGGACCUUUGACCGUACAGUACCCCCGAAAGCGCCGAAGACGCAGGAUGAAAUAAAGAAAGAGUUGGAGGAGAAGAAUGCGGACCCUGCCAACCCAGGACGGAGGAUGAAGCGGAUGCGACCAGUGUUGCACCCGGAACUGAAGGUGUUAGGCGCGUUUAUGGAUGGUCAAGUACUGUUGCUACCCAGACUCAACGAGGUUUCGCAACUACCAACGUUGCAGACUUUGAGAGAACAGAUAGUAGGGCCACCACCUUUCUUGCUUCCAACGAUGGUCCAGGUUCCUGCACAUCUCCCACCACCCAAGCCAGACCACUCCUUCACGAGACGGCCAGAGUCUCCCAUCGCUGUCUUCUUCUGGCGACGUCGGAUGUGGUUUGAGUCGACUUUUGUCCUCUCCAUGCUUGAACCCUGGGAGAAGAUUCUCCUCUGUAUAGCUGACAAUAUUCGGCAUCCUAUUCCUCCUAGUCUGCUCAGGCAUUGUGCUCUACCUGCCUCACCACAUUUCGGUCAUGAGCGGCCGUGCGGUAUACUACCUCUGGGGACAGGAGGGAGACGAGCGCGCGCUUUGGCAGUGGCUUGGAUAUGGCGUGGGCGCCGUGGGGUCCGCUUUACACAAGGAGCUGUGAAAUGGGCUCUCCAUGACCGUCCGAACGUUUUCAGGGAUGACGACGAUGACUUUCUCUAUGGAGGCGGAGACUCACAACCGACCACGACGCCAGCGCCAAUAGCGGCAUCCACAUCGUACACUGUUGAUAUUCCGCAAGAGCAAGGAAUUAUCGAGGAACUUCAAGCGGCUGAAGCUUCUGGGAGCCAUCCGACUUCUUCAGUACCCAUAGAUGAAGAUCAAGGGAGCGUUGCGUAUGAGACAACGGACGACGAGGAGGAUGUCGAAAUCCUUAUGGAGCCUCAGUCCCGCUCGCUUGACUUUCGACAAGCCAAUGCACGCUUAAGGGCAAGCGCAACUUCAACACCAGCAAAAACGGCAAUUAAUGCAAGCUCUGAAACAACCGACUAUACUCCUCUGCAACGCGGGGCCUCAUUGCAGAACAUCACUCCCUCAAAACCACCUACCUCAACCUCACAACCACAGUCCACCCCAUCUGUCCUAAGCACGCCUGUACCAGUCCCACCACCACCACAAACGAAUACGCCCGAUAUUCCACCAGAUGGCGUUGACCCAGCCACUCUUCCCCAAGUUACAGCACCCCCCUCUCAUCCAGCAAUUGACCCAACAGUCAUGGGUACCACGGACGGACGCGCCAUUAUUGACGUCGAUUUGAGCGCCAUGACCGACAAGGCUUGGAGGAGGCCGGGCUCUGAUAUCAGCGACUGGUUCAACUACGGUUUCGACGAGUUGUCGUGGGAGGCUUAUUGCUAUCGCCGACGGGACCUUGGAGAGCUUGCAAAUGUGCUUAAAACGAAUGUCCUGAAUUUCUCGGGACUGAAUGACGACCAACUCAUUGCCCUUCCCACCGAUGCGCGGACGAUGGUAAUGACUGGGACUCAAGCCAUGAUGAAUGGGGCCAUGAACGGUGCUGUAGUUCCUGGUGGACCUGGUAUGAUGGGGAUGAUGGAUAUGAGCGGGAUGAUGCCUAUGGGAAUGCCUGUGGGUAUGAACAAUGAAAUGGCAAUGAUGGCGAUGCAAGAUCCCAGCGCACAAAAUGGCGGAGUUGUUCCAGAGCAAGCAGCCAUGCAGGAUGGCUUUGCCAAUCAGGGUAUGAUGGGGAUGGAAUAUGCCCAGGACCAAGGACAGCAACAACAACUCUAUUCGAUGGAGGGGAACGCCACCCCUACUGGUCCUGCGAUGGGUCGUGGGGCGGUUCCGUUUCGCGGUACACGUGGAUUGCGGGGAGUGCGUGGAUUCGUCGGACGGGGAAGAGGGCGAGGAGGUUACGAUGCACCAGCAGCGCCUGCCCGCCCGACAUCGCCGCUCCCACCAAAUGUACCCACAGGCCCGCGCAACCAAAACAAGUACAAGGACCGUGACGGAAAUGCGGCAGCUGUUGACGGUCUCGAUUAUGGGGGCGGGAAGGGCGACAGGACACCGAGUGGUGAGCCGGAAGAGCGAGGCAGAAAGCGGAGGGGUUCUCCCAGUUCUGAGGAUCGGAGGGACUCAAAAAGACGUUGA